GUUAUGUACUGCUGUGGUUUGGGUUCAGCAUCACAACAUGUGUGUUUGCGCUGUUCCUUGUUGUUUUGUGUCAUUGUGUUUUGUGAUUCUGUCUGAAUCAGCCGCACCAUGGUUCAGUGGCAGCUCUGCACUCUUGAGCAGCUGAUGAAUUCAGGGUUCGGCCGUCCUUUUCCACGACACGGCCUUCAGCUCCUGUUUUGGUUUGCCAACCAAUGUGUGACCUGUGAACUCUUAAACUCUGUGGUUGUCAUGAAGCUGGUGUCAGAUUGUCAACCAGAGAAAGGUUUCUACGGUUUCCACAUUUUUGGCAAUGUUGAGGAACUUCUACCUGUGCUGAACAGGCCCAGGAAUCGCAAGAGAAAGACAAAGGUUUUGUACUAUGAAGUUGGCAACCUGAACACAGAAACCUACCCAACCUCUGCAGACCUCCCCACAUAUGUGAGGGAAAAUUAUGGGUUGCAUGGUAACAGCUGUGAUUACAACAUAGACCGCAUCAUCAUCAGUUACCAGGUGAAAACCAGGGUGGUGGAGAUGGUGUAUGUCACAGAGCAUGACGGAGUUUCCUUUGGGAAGUUCAACGCAGACAGAACUUAUCAAGUCAGCCUCGAGCUGAUUCAAGCCCUGCAGAACCCGCAGCUCGAUCUCACCGCUUUUCUCACACAGACGGGCUACUGGGGAAAUAUGCAGGUGGUUCGGGCUGACAAUUUGGAGAUGCACUACCCAGAACUGUCAGCCCAGCAAAUGUUUGACUGGAUGCAGAACUAUAGUGGAUAUACAGCAAGAACAGUACGUGAUGGUUUAAGUUUCUUCGAAGAAACCUUCAACCAGCAACUGAAUGUAAACAGAGAGCCCUUCAGCUAUGACCAGAAUGUGUACUACAACGUCAACACAACCUCAAACAACAGCGGAUACGUCGCUCGCUACAGUGACGUGCAACAGAGACCAAGAGUCUACAGAGACAGCAAUUGGAUAUACGACUGGAAGCUGUCUAGAGGUUUUCAUGAAGCAGACAAGAAAGGGAACGGAGGUGGUGGCAUCAGCUUUGUCAAGAUUCUCCUCGGUGCUGGAGCGCUCUACUUGGCGGCCAAAUGUUUCAGCUGGCUGAGGAGCUGCUGGAAGGAGGAUUUAGAUGAAUACAUUCUCAAGAAGAUAACAUGGAGGACUCCAGUUUAUCAACAUCAUCCCAUGCUGGAUUAUGUGUACUAAAAUUUUACAGUGAAGAAUGUCUUUUUAGUCCGACAUGAAGAUGCUGUACAUUGACUGUCAAUGUUAUCUGAAGCAAGCUUGAACUCGAAAUAGCUGCAACCUCCACACCAUUUCAGCCUCUUCAGCAAAAACCAGCCCAAACACUGAAAGAAAAUGAACGUAUUAUAUGCUUCUGGAAACCAUGGAUAUGUUACAUUUGUUUGUUUUAUACAUAUCACAUAUCAUCGUAUUUGUGGUGCAGAACCUGGGUGUUUUUUUUACACACUCAUCGCAGCAUUUUCCAGUGGGGUUUGUGGCACCAACAGGGUUCCUGCAGCUUAAGUCAAGUGAGAUUUAAGACUUUUUUAAUGCCACUUGAAAUUAAUUUUAAGACAAAUUUUCUUGUUACUCAAACUGAGAUGCAUUACUUUGACCAAAUGUGUAGUAUGACAAAACAUGAAAUGUCUUUGGUGCAGUGAAAAAGUUGGAUUUUUUUGCCACAAACGUUGGGAAAAAAAACCCAAAACAACCUUUUUUGGGUGAAACACAUCGAAGACAUGAAUAUAUUAUAUUAUUAUAAAAGUAUUUUUGAAUUUUACUACCUGAAAAGGGAAAUAUCUGGCACUUCUGUCCGAAUUUCUUAGUUUGUGUUUUUCACUCUGCAUGUGAGAUUAAACUGCUUGAAUUCCUAUCAUGAUGAGUUUAACAAGAACUUAUUAAAAUUAUUAACAAAAAAUAGAUGUUACCAAUUAUUUUACAAUUUACAAUGCAAUGUCAGAAAAAAAACUUCAGAAAAUCCUAUUUCCCAUGUCUGGGCAUUUUAAGACUUUAUUAAUCAUUUAAUAUCAAUUAAGGCCUUAUUUUUAGAUGAAUGAAUUCAGUGCCUUUUAAGACUUUUUAAGGAUCCACAGGAACCCUGCACCAAACCUGGGUUCAUUUUUAUGAACCCAUCACCAGUUUUUCUAGCAGCUUUUGUGCCACCAAACAUGAGUGUGUAAAGCCAAAACCUGAUCCUGAAAAGUGUUUUUUGUGCCUAAACCUAACUAAACCUUCACCACAGCGUUGUUGAGAAACAUAAAGUUUCAACCUAUCCACGACAAAAUAAAAUGCAAAUGUAACCGUAUCCAGGCUUCACAGAAAUGUACAAUGCCAACAUUUUUUCUGAAGUUUAGGUUGCAAAAACUUUGGCCAACUUUGGACAAAUUUUUUGUGGACCAACCAACUGACCAACAUAGGGAGCUGUGUUGGUCCCAACUAAUAACAAAUCGUGGAGACUGACGCACUGAUAUUUUAAAUUGAUGUAAAUUGCACUGAUAAGUUGUUUUGAAUUGACAGGCUAAAAUUUUGUAAUUCUUACAUUUGAAACACUUUGAUAAAACAUGAAUGUGUUUGUAAAAGACCAGGGAACAAUUAUGUCACAGUGAUGAACAAAAAGCAAACCAAGAGAAACACAACAUCUGCUAUUUGUCACUGAGAUAUACUGAGAUACGUACGAAGCUGUGUCAUUGGGUGUUUCAGGCCUCUGUGAGCAGGACUGCUUUAUGUCAGUAUUUGAUUUCUACACUGUACAUCAAUGUUGAAGGGAUCAAUGUCAUAUUGAACCAUUCCCAUCUGGUCGUUUUAUGUAUGAACUACAUCAUAAUUUAUAUUGCACUAUAAAAUUAUGUACAACUUAUCAGAGACUUUUAUCCAAAUCACCACUCAUUUGAAAAAGUAUUUAAACACAUCAACAUGGACAUUAAAGUCUAUGAAAAACUUGUUAGUGUGCUACUCAGUAGGUGGUGUUUUUAUCCUGUGCAACUCCUGCACAAAACAAGCACUUUGUCAUGUUAAAUAUAGUCAUGUUAAAUAUAGUAGGUUCCUUCUAUUUU